AUGUCGUCCGCGGCCGAGCCUCCGCCGCCCCCGCCUCCCGAGAGCGCGCCUCCCAAGCCCGCAGCGCCGGCCGCCGCUAGCAGCAGCGGGAGCGGCAGCAGCAACAAAGGCGGCCCCGAGGGCGGCGCGGCCCCGGCGGCUCCCUCCGCGGCCGGCGCCGGCCCCGCGGACUCGGAGAUGGAGGGAGUAUUUGAUGAUGCAUCUCCUGGAAAGCAAAAAGAAAUCCAGGAACCAGAUCCAACCUAUGAAGAAAAAAUGCAAACUGACAGAGCAAAUAGAUUUGAGUAUUUAUUAAAGCAGACAGAGCUGUUUGCACAUUUCAUUCAGCCUGCUGCUCAGAAGACUCCAACCUCACCUUUGAAGAUGAAACCAGGGCGCCCACGAAUAAAAAAGGAUGAAAAACAGAAUUUGCUAUCAGUUGGCGACUAUAGACACCGUAGAACCGAGCAAGAGGAGGAUGAAGAACUAUUGACAGAAAGCUCCAAAGCAACUAAUGUUUGUACUCGAUUUGAAGACUCUCCUUCAUAUGUAAAGUGGGGUAAACUGAGAGAUUAUCAAGUUCGGGGAUUGAAUUGGCUCAUUUCUUUGUAUGAGAAUGGAAUCAAUGGUAUCCUUGCAGAUGAAAUGGGCUUGGGAAAGACUCUUCAAACAAUUUCUCUUCUUGGAUAUAUGAAACACUAUAGGAACAUUCCUGGCCCUCACAUGGUUUUGGUUCCUAAGUCUACAUUACACAACUGGAUGAGUGAAUUCAAGAGAUGGGUACCAACACUUAGAUCUGUUUGUUUAAUAGGAGAUAAAGAACAAAGAGCUGCUUUUGUCAGAGAUGUUUUAUUACCAGGAGAAUGGGAUGUAUGUGUAACAUCUUAUGAAAUGCUUAUUAAAGAGAAGUCUGUUUUCAAAAAAUUCAAUUGGAGGUACUUAGUUAUAGAUGAAGCUCAUAGGAUCAAAAAUGAAAAAUCCAAGUUGUCAGAAAUAGUGAGAGAAUUCAAGACUACAAAUCGACUAUUACUAACUGGAACACCUCUUCAAAACAACUUGCAUGAGCUCUGGUCACUUCUUAAUUUUUUGUUGCCAGAUGUCUUUAAUUCAGCUGAUGACUUUGAUUCCUGGUUUGAUACAAACAAUUGCCUUGGGGAUCAAAAGCUAGUUGAGAGGCUUCACAUGGUUUUGCGUCCAUUCCUCCUUCGUCGAAUUAAAGCUGAUGUUGAAAAGAGUUUGCCCCCCAAAAAAGAAGUAAAAAUCUAUGUGGGCCUCAGCAAAAUGCAAAGGGAAUGGUAUACUCGGAUAUUGAUGAAGGAUAUAGACAUUCUGAACUCUGCAGGGAAAAUGGACAAAAUGAGGUUACUGAACAUCCUGAUGCAAUUGAGGAAGUGCUGUAAUCACCCAUACCUCUUUGAUGGAGCGGAGCCUGGUCCACCUUAUACAACAGAUAUGCAUUUGGUCACCAACAGUGGCAAGAUGGUAGUGCUAGACAAGCUGCUUCCUAAACUAAAAGAACAAGGUUCACGUGUACUAAUCUUCAGUCAGAUGACAAGAGUAUUGGACAUUUUGGAGGAUUACUGCAUGUGGAGAAAUUAUGAGUACUGCAGAUUGGAUGGGCAGACACCCCAUGAUGAGAGACAAGAUUCCAUCAAUGCAUAUAAUGAACCAAACAGCACAAAGUUUGUUUUCAUGUUAAGCACACGUGCUGGUGGUCUUGGCAUCAAUCUUGCUACUGCUGAUGUUGUAAUUUUGUAUGAUUCAGAUUGGAAUCCCCAAGUAGAUCUCCAAGCUAUGGACCGAGCACAUAGAAUUGGGCAAACCAAGACUGUCAGAGUGUUCCGCUUUAUAACUGAUAACACUGUAGAAGAAAGAAUAGUGGAACGUGCUGAGAUGAAACUCAGGCUGGAUUCAAUAGUCAUUCAACAAGGAAGACUUGUGGAUCAGAAUCUGAACAAAAUUGGGAAAGAUGAAAUGCUUCAAAUGAUUAGACAUGGGGCAACACAUGUUUUUGCUUCAAAAGAGAGUGAGAUUACUGAUGAGGAUAUUGAUGGUAUUUUGGAAAGAGGUGCAAAGAAGACAGCAGAGAUGAAUGAAAAACUCUCCAAGAUGGGUGAAAGCUCACUUAGAAACUUUACAAUGGAUACAGAGUCGAGUGUUUAUAACUUCGAAGGGGAAGAUUAUAGAGAAAAACAAAAGAUUGCAUUCACAGAAUGGAUUGAACCACCUAAACGAGAAAGAAAAGCCAACUACGCCGUUGAUGCCUAUUUCAGGGAAGCUCUUCGUGUGAGUGAACCUAAAGCACCCAAGGCUCCUCGACCUCCAAAACAACCCAAUGUUCAGGAUUUCCAGUUCUUUCCUCCACGUUUAUUUGAAUUAUUGGAAAAAGAAAUUCUGUAUUACAGAAAAACAAUUGGGUACAAGGUACCUCGAAAUCCUGACCUACCAAAUGCAGCACAGGCACAAAAAGAGGAACAGCUUAAAAUUGAUGAAGCUGAACCCCUUAAUGAUGAAGAGUUAGAAGAAAAAGAGAAGCUUCUAACACAGGGAUUUACCAAUUGGAAUAAAAGAGAUUUUAACCAGUUUAUCAAAGCUAAUGAGAAGUGGGGUCGUGACGAUAUUGAAAAUAUAGCAAGAGAAGUAGAAGGAAAAACUCCAGAAGAAGUUAUUGAGUAUUCAGCUGUGUUUUGGGAAAGAUGCAAUGAGCUCCAGGACAUAGAAAAAAUUAUGGCUCAGAUUGAAAGGGGAGAGGCAAGAAUUCAAAGAAGAAUUAGUAUCAAAAAAGCACUAGAUACAAAGAUUGGACGGUACAAAGCACCUUUUCAUCAGCUGAGAAUAUCAUAUGGUACUAACAAAGGAAAAAACUAUACUGAAGAAGAGGAUCGUUUUCUGAUCUGCAUGCUUCAUAAGCUUGGAUUCGACAAAGAAAAUGUUUAUGAUGAACUGCGACAAUGUAUUCGCAACUCUCCUCAGUUCAGAUUUGACUGGUUUCUUAAAUCCAGAACUGCAAUGGAGCUCCAAAGGAGGUGUAAUACCUUAAUCACCUUGAUUGAAAGAGAAAAUAUGGAACUAGAAGAAAAGGAGAAGGCAGAGAAAAAGAAAAGAGGACCAAAGCCUUCAACACAGAAACGUAAAAUGGAUGGAGCACCUGAUGGCCGAGGAAGGAAAAAGAAGCUGAAACUAUGA